AUGAAAGCUUGCCGGGUGCUUUUACCUCCCUGGAGGUGCCCCGGAGCUGCUGUUGGCGCCGUCGCGCAGGCGGCCACGCCCGGAAGGCUCCACGUCCGUGGUGCGGUGCCAGGCGCAUCUAGCAGUAGCAAGAAGCUGCUGGGCUGCGUGUGCGGUGGCGUGAAGCGCCCAUGCUUUGGGUUUCAGGGUGACAAGCGGCCCUCCUGCUGCGCCAAGUGCAAGCUGGAGGGCAUGGUUGACAUCAAACAUCCGAGAUGCAACUGUGGCAGAGCACAGCCUGCUUUCGGGAUGCCAGAGGAUGCGCAGGCCUCCUGUUGUGCCAAGUGCAAGUUGGAGGGCAUGGUUGACAUCAGAAAUCCGAGAUGCAACUGCGGCAGAGCACGGCCCCAUUUCGGUAUGCCAAACGAUGCGUGUCCCUCCUGCUGCGCCAAGUGCAAGUUGGAGGGCAUGGUUGACAUCAGAAGUCGGAGAUGCAACUGUGGCAGAGCAAUUCCUUGUUUUGGGAUGCCAGAGGAUGCGCGGGCCUCCUGCUGCGCCAAGUGCAAGUUGGAGGGCAUGGUGGACAUCUUACAUCCAAAGUGCUCUGUCUGCGGGACACGCGCUUCGUAUCCAGAUGCUGCUGGUGUUCCGCGGCAGCUUUGCGCAGCACACUCUGCCGAAGUCGGUGCACAUGUGCUGUCCUUACCAUCCUGGUCGCGCGCUGCAAGUGAUUGUUUGGAUCUUUUGGAGGAAGAACAAGGCUUUAACUAUCGGUUUCGUCGCAGGUUUGACGAAGAAGCCGGCGCAUGGUCUGGGGAGGAGUUUGCUGGAUUGGUCCCAGAUAGAGCGUUUCGGCCUGAUGCACAUGACCCGCAGCGGCGUGAGAUCGUGGAGUUUCUUGGGAACUACUACCACGGCUUUCCUCCGGAGCAUCCGCAGCAGCUUAGCUGUGCAAACAAACAUAUGAGAGAAGCAAACACCAUGCUCCAGCGAGCCAUGAUUUCUCCUCGACAUCCCUUGGCUUUCACCUGCAUGUUUUACCCUUCAUGUAUGACGACAUGCUUGGCUUCUUAG